GUUAUGAAGACUCUAGGCAAGCUGUUGCCGACUAUGUGAGCACUCCCACAUCUCGAGUGGAUUCAAAGGAUGUUGUUCUUGCCAGUGGUGCCUCUGGUGCCCUUGACCUGUGCAUUUCUUGCCUCGCAGACGAAGGUGACAACAUUUUGAUUCCACGCCCAGGCUUCUCUCUCUACAAAACCUUGGCAGAAUCUUUGGGCAUAGAAGUCAGACAGUACGAUCUCCUGCCUGAAAAAUCCUGGGAAAUUGAUCUGGACCAUCUCGAGAGUUUGAUUGACAGUAAUACCAGAGCCGUGAUCGUCUGCAACCCGUCCAACCCAUGUGGCUCUGUGUACAGCCGGGAACACCUGCUGGAGAUUCUGCAGACGAUGGAGAGGAAGCGCGUGCCUAUCAUCGCUGAUGAAAUAUACGAGCACUUUGUUGGUCUUGACAUGAAGCACUUCCCAGAAUUCAAGUCGGACGUUGACCUCACAGAACGCCUAGUCACAGAACAAAGCGUGUUCUGCCUGCCUGCCGCUUGUUUCCAGUACCCCAACUAUUUCCGUGUGGUCCUGACUGUUCCAACAGAGAAAGUAUCCGAGGCUUGUGAACGCAUGGCAGCCUUUUGUCGGGAACACUAUAAGCCGAUAAAUGGUAUCAAUGGAAAGCCCGAUCUCACCAGCAAAGUUAAUGGACUAAACGGGCAUUGCGCGGAUGAGAUUUGCGUGGGCAAGUGAAAAGCUGAAAGACCAUACUGGACUGCAUGCUUCAACGAGUCCCAUCUCAUCCUCCUCUCUUUCUCUCUGUUGAUGCAAUUAGAGCUAUGGGCUUUCAUGAAUUUACUACACCUUGCUGCAUCUGUUGAGUUUGCAGCUUUAUUUGUUAAAAUGCUUGAAUGUUUACAGUCCACCUUACAAUUUUAUAUUUUCUCUGUUUUUCAACCAGACGAAUCUCAAUAUACAAAAUCAUGAUGGUGAAUGUAAAGAGAUUGUCUUUUAAUAUAUUUGCAUAGACUACUGAGGCGCAGUUGUCUCCAAAUGUGGCCAACAAAAGGAAGUACAAGAUCUGAGUGCUAUUCUCGCCCUUCCUACUUGUAUUAUUAUUGUAGCGAUGUUCAUGUUACUGAAUCCCAGAUUAUGGACACCAGAUGGCCCACCAUCUCUUUGAGAUCAAAUAAAUAGAAAAUAAGAGAAGAAGAAAAAUUAUAGUAAAGAUCCUCAAUAAAACUAGGAGCGACAUUGAGGAGUAAAAUCAGCGAUUGUCUUUAAACAAUUUUUUUAAAUCUGAAAAACGAAAUGAAAAGCCUUCGCUGGCACCGGUGGUGAUAUCUAUUUUAUAUUACCACUGUCCCUUUACCUAGUGGUUAUAGCCUAUAAUUACUCGUGGCAGUGACGUCAACCACGUAGACUGACGGGAGCUACGAGUGCCCACUCUGGGACGCUGAGUGUCCAAGCUGGUGAGGGCAAGAUCCAGCGCAAUUACGCUGUGCGUCCCUUGCAACGCCUGUGGGUCUUCAUAGAGUGUGAAGCGUUGGUUCACAGUGGGUACUUUUCGAUUUCGAGACUCACGUGGAGACAUCUCGGCGUUCUUGGAAAGGGGGGGGGGGAUCUUAAAGUGAAAUAUGAGGGUAUGGCUGUCUCUAAUGAGCAAGCUGUAGGCUAUUUUACAGUAAAUCGUUUAUUGUAGUGGUCCUGCGAAUGCAAGUAAAGGAUAUGUUUAAUAUACGGCCCAGGUAAAGAAACUGUCUUAUUACUGGAUCAAUAAAAAGAAAAAAAUACUUCUUGCUUGGUCUCUGGCGUACAGGAGUCUCAGGCAGAGUUACGGGCGCAUUGCCAAAUUAUUAAAUGAGCUAGCAUGUUUGUUUCACACAGACAGACGAAAGUGAACAAGCUGUGAUAUCUGUUAGCCUUACUCGCACUAACUACUUCGCAUGCAUGCGAAAGCUGCGAUUUGAUCUCUCCUCUCCUCACUCCGGUUUGUAAACCCAAGCACAAAAAGUGCACCAAUUCUAUUUCUGCUCAGAUUUACUGUAUUCUUAUUACCACUAUGCUGUUGUCACUGGUGCGGUUCUUAUAGAGUAGUAUUACAGGGAUGCCAAAUGAUUUUUGAAAAAAACCCAGCUGAAAAUGAGCGGAGCAUCACAUCUCACCUAAAACAAACCUUGUAAAGUUUUUCAAUGAGCACACAAAAACAUCUCUCCUACCUCUCCCCUUUCGUUUGCAAGGGUAUGGGGACUUUGUUUCACCAAUUUCAGCAAUAUUCUAUCUGUCUUGAGAAGAAGGACCUUAUGUCAGUGGCCUUCUUCUUCAGGUAUGCCAAAUGAUUUUGGAAAAAAACACC